GGCCCAGGGUGCCGCCAUCCGCCACUGCCAGGCUUAGGGUGCCGCCAUCCGUCACUGUCAGGCCCAGUGUGCUGCUAUUCGCUACCGCCAUGGCCCAGUACAAGGGUGCCGCCAGUGAGGCGGGCCGUGCUAUGCAUCUGAUGAAAAAACGGGAAAAGCAGCGGGAGCAAAUGGAGCAGAUGAAGCAGCGGAUCACUGAGGAGAACAUAAUGAAAUCAAACAUUGACAAGAAAUUCUCAGCUCAUUAUGACGCUGUAGAGGCUGAACUCAAGUCCAGUACUGUGGGUCUUGUAACCCUGAAUGACAUGAAAGCUAAGCAGGAAGCUCUGGUGAAGGAGCGAGAAAAGCAGCUGGCUAAAAAGGAACAAUCUAAAGAACUUCAGCUAAAGCUUGAGAAACUUCGAGAAAAGGAACGCAAAAAGGAAGAGAAGCGGAAAAUCUCUAACCUGUCCUUCACUUUGGAUGAUGAGGAGGAGCCUGAGGAAGAAGAGGAAGAUGCAGAUGAGGAAGAUGUAGAAUGGGAAAGCAAUGUAGAUGUGAACAAAAAUAGACAUGGUUCCUUUCUUCAAAGAGCUAACAGUCUACGUAGAGAAGCAAAUCCUGCAAAGAAGAGAAAAUUGGGGAAAAACCCAGAUGUGGACACUAGUUUUCUUCCUGAUCGUGACCGAGAGGAAGAAGAAAAUAGGCUCCGAGAGGAACUUCGGCAGGAAUGGGAGGCUAAGCAGGAGAAGAUUAAGAGUGAAGAAAUUGAAAUCACCUUUAGUUACUGGGAUGGUUCUGGACACCGAAGGACUGUAAAGAUGAAGAAAAGGAACACUAUACAACAGUUCCUUCAGAAGGCUUUGGAGAUCCUGCGAAAAGACUUUAGUGAGCUGAGGUCAGCAGGAGUGGAACAACUGAUGUACAUCAAAGAGGAUCUGAUUAUACCUCAUCACCACAGCUUCUAUGAUUUCAUCGUCACCAAAGCCAGAGGGAAGAGUGGCCCACUCUUUAAUUUUGAUGUCCAUGAUGAUGUUCGCCUGCUCAGUGAUGCCACAGUUGAGAAGGAUGAGUCACAUGCAGGAAAGGUGGUGCUGAGAAGUUGGUAUGAGAAGAACAAGCACAUCUUCCCAGCCAGCCGUUGGGAGCCCUAUGACCCAGAGAAAAAAUGGGAUAAGUACACUAUUAGAUAAGCACCUAUAAAAGAUAGCAUGUGAUCUGUCACCUCUCCUGCAUCCCCACAAACCCACUCCCUUUUUCUUAGGUGUGACAGAGAAAGUUAAUAGUUCCUUCUAACCCUCCUUUCCUCCUCCAUUGUGGGACUUCACCUUUCCCACUGGUUUUCUAAGUGUUUUUGGGUUCCCUAAGUCCUCUUGUUCACCUGGGAAGCUGACUUUGGGACUUGUACAGACUGGGUGGGGUUGUGGCAGAAUUGGUCCCUGCAUUUCUAUUCCCUGAUUCUAUCGUUAUUUACGUGUUUCUUGUUUUAAAAUAAAGUUUUGUGGCAGAAAAA